GUUGAACUGAAAAUAUGGGAGAAAUUCCAGUUUGGCAUCAACAGGUACGAGAUGUAUUCAUACAACAACUCAAGGAUUGAAGAUCUCCUGCAGUAUCUUCGUUCAGAACCUUUAUACGAAGUUGAUGAGAAAUCAGGGGGCACACAGGUUAAGAUGGUCCUAACAUUCAGAGAUGGUGGACAGAGUUUAAUGAAACCUUGGAGAGUUCAACGUGAAUACGAGACUUUACCAGACCACUUUUAUUUCUCUGAUAUAGAACGUCAUAAUGCCGAGGUCUCUGCCUUUCACCUUGAUAGAGUUUUAGAUUUUAGAAGAGCGCCCCCUGUCGCCGGUAGAUGGUUCAACAUUACCAAGGAUCUAUUUGAGUUAGCAGAUCCAGCAUUUAGAAAAACGUUUUUUAGAUCACCAGCUAACAAUGUGUGUUUCGUGGGCCAUUGUUCCUACUACUGCGAGACCGAGACUGCAGUUUGCGGUAAGCCUGACAUGAUCGAAGGAUCGGUAGCUGCCUUCCUGCCUUCAUUCAAAGCAGCUCCUAGAAAAACGUGGCGACAUCCGUGGAGGAGAUCGUACAGUAAACACAGAACAGCCGUUUGGGAGCAAGACCCUUCUUACUGUCAUCGUAUUGUAAUGAACAAACACCCGUAUAACAGUGGUAGGAGACUACUGGAUCUUAUGGAUAUGUCCAUCUUUGAUUUCUUAAUGGGUAAGUAAAUUCAAUUUUUUUUUACCUCUCACAAGUAUGAUAUAAACCUUUUAUAUUAAUCCCUUGGAGGUUUUCGACAACAAUCUUGACAGGUUUUGAAAAAUAUGUCAAUAACUUCUGGAUUAGUUAUCGAUUGCUAUAGUACGGGACUCUGAAUCUGCACUUUUUGAGUUAUUAUGCCAUGGUAUCCUUGAUAAUGUUAGGGCAGUUCGUAGACGCAGUUCGUAGAACGUCGUAAGAACGAACUGUGGUCCAUUUUGUAAGAUCGUAUCAAGAAGGCCGUACGAAGCAGCGUUUGCAGACCGUUUGUAAGCAGCUUGGUGGAUGAUCUUGCCCAAUAUUUUUUUUUACAUCAUACGAAACCCUCUCUUCUUAUGGCGGCCCUACAAACGUCGUAAGAACAUCGCAAGAACCAUUCAAGAAGAAAGAACGCCUUAAGUUCAUUAUAAAGGGUUCUUCUAGCGUUCUUGAGAACGCCUUACAAACGGAAAAUCGUACAGCGAUCUUACGAAUGACGCUUGGCGUUUGUAAGGUGUUCGUAUGGACUCGUUAGGCGUAAGUACACAAUUUGCGCUACUGUUCAGUAAAAUCUACAAGCGAAUGAGUUGAGAUUUCCUUGAGUUGCAUGUACGACCAUAUUUCAAGGACAGAAAUCGUAAGACGGCCGUAUGACAGAAAGAAUAAUCAAAGCUUUCUUUCGAAAAACGUACGAAUUAUAGGGUCAUUUCCUUCUCAAUAUGGUCUUACGUUGUUCAUAAGGCCGCAAGAAUAUAUGCCCCAUGUACGAAUCUUUACGAAUUCCAGAAUUGGUACAACAAUGAUAUUCGUAUGAAUCUCACUGUUCGUUCGAACUUUUGUGACCGUUUCUUAAAGUGGGUCGUGUCGUUUAUCUUGGCCUUCAUAUCUGACGAAGGAAUCAUUCAAGACACAUUCGUCGUCUGGUUUAGGUAUAUUGCAUGUUCAACUUCACCGCCGUCCUAGUAGAUUAUACAAAUUUGUUUUAUAAAGUUAUCUGUAAAUAGAGAUGUUAUCAGGCUCCCGCUAUAUAACUCGAUCAUCUGGCUUUAAAAUAGUACGACAGAGAGAAACAGGUCGGGGUGACAACAUUAUUCCAUAACCUACCAAUUAUGAACCCAAGAAUCAGCAAGGAGGUGAACUCUACUUUCUUUCUGGGUCACUCUUGAAAGGUCAGAGGUCAUGAGGUAGUUGAAAGCCGACAUGAAUCCAGUAUGUCAAUAUUUGGGCUGUUACAGAUAAUGUUUGUAUUCAUAGCGUGCUACUCCCGGGGAAUGUUCCGUGAAACGUUAUAGUCGGCGUCAUCCCGACGGCAAGAUUGCUCUGAGCCAAUCAGAUGCAAGGCUUUCUGUAGCUUAUAACAACACAUCACUGACUAUAUGUUCCAUGGAAUGCUCCCAGACAUCCUUGUAGUUGGUUGUCAGUAUGCUCCAAAACUGUUUAAAACAAGAAUGAUGGAGAAGGGGAGUCUGCUAUCAAUAUUCCAGGAUCUGACUUAUAUUUCGCUCCUUUUUUUGGGUUGCCAUGCUUUCAUGACUCAACAUUGAGAAUGAUCGGGGGGGGGGGGGGGGUAGACAAAGAAAACAAUUUUCAACGUGUGGAAUAGUUUUUUCUAUUGAACUUCCGCUCAGUGAUAUUAUGGUAAUAAUAAUUGGUUUGUGGUUCGUUUUUGUACUUUAGGAUUGUAGGAUUUUGUUUUCUUCGUCUUCUUUUCAUGCCAGCUUUGAUUUUACAGGAUGUCAUCACCUUACACAUGAUGUUAGAUGAAACGUUACGGGCAAAGUCCUUUAAAGAACUAUUAUAAUACAGUUAUGAGUUUUUGAAGUUAUUACAUUGUGACGCCACAUGCGAGACUCCCACAGAUACAUAUGAUUUACAUAAACUGAUAUUUUCAAGUGGUUCGUGCUGUGGAUUUGAUCGAAGAAGCGGGUAUGCAAUAAUGUUUCCUUUUAUAUUUUUUUUUCAUACACUCACAGGUAAAAAUGAUUUUCUUUCUGUCCUUUUUUUUAUAAAAGAAAAAUAGCGCUCUACUUUAAUAUCACAUGACACUGUCGCAUGUGACGUCAAAGACUAAACUGUAGACAUUCAUAACUGAUUCUUUGUUGGAUUUUCUCAAAUCCUUUUUUGAAAACAUUGAUAUAUUUCUCACAAUUUUCUCCUUUUAUUAAAACCAAUUCCGGUUGAACUAGAAAUAAAAAAAAACUCGAUUUAUUCACUAUUUGGUCCAUGAACCCUCGAAGGAGUUUACGAGACUUGGGCGACUUCCCAAAUAAAUGGACCGAAUCGACCACCACGAGGUAUCGUUCUUUUCUUUAUUUUAUAAAAGAAAUAAUGCCAUCAUAUUGGCAUGCCGUCAAUUAUUGGAAUGUUUCGUUUUUCUGGGAGAAAGAUAAGGAAGGAUCUGUCCAGAAAAAAUCAAUAAAAGUCGUGUGAACAAAGUUCGAGCCAAGUUCCUUUUUAAAAGGAUUGUAGUGAAUAAUACCUCUCUUCUCCCUGUUCCCUUCCUUAAAAAGAGCAUAAUUAGACGAGGAAAAGCAAUAUGUCAUGACAAUGUUGGUAUUGUGUGGAGAAAGAAUCCCUUCGUUGAAGGUCACCUUGAUGUUCUGUAUUCAUCAAUGUCUGCGGCUUACUCGAUUAGAACAUGAUUUUAGAUGGCGAAAUUAUGUUUUUCAUGGAAGUUUAUUCCCGCAGGGAACAUCUACACGGCUUUCCACUAAUGGUGUAUUUGGCGAUAAUAUAAGAUUAUACGAAUAAAAGAAGGGCUUGGCAGUGGGGCAAUGAGCCAACAAAAAAUGAAGCGGCCAAGUUUGGCGUAUGGGACAACAAUUCUAGAAAAGCUGCUAAGCGAGCGAAGCGAGGAAGUUAAGUAUUUGACCUUUUUAAAAGAAACAAAUCAAAUAGCUUUUUUUGCCAUAUUCAGAAAAUGCUAUCAUGCUUUUUCUUCUCGUAUUUCAUUUUAUCUAUUUUGUCCCCGUUUUGAUUUUUUAGGGGGUACAUGCCUCCCGAGCCCCCCCCCCCUACUGUACACCUGUGGGACAUUGGGGGCUCCCUCCAUGGAUGGAUGAAUAAUUGCCACGACUAAGAAUGAAAACCAAAAAGAAGAAGAAAAUGAAAGAAAUAAGGGAGAAGUGAAUUUAGAAUAUUUAGGACUGAAAAUAAUGUCAAAAUCUGUCACAAAUUAGAUUGGAAUUCAAACGAUUCAAGUUUGGCGCUCGAUCGCGACUUUUCUUUUAUAGAAAUUUUGCUCCACCUGCCAUUUUCUCUCCCUACAAACGCUAUGGAUAUACUUAAAUGGAGAAAAUGACAGGGUCGUAUAGGGCAGCCUCUCAGUAGCGUACGCAGGAUUUUUGAUUUUCUGAUUGAAAAGUUGACAAGC